AUGACCACACAUUUUUAUGUUGUUGAGAAAAUACUAAAUCUCAAAUCAAUACUUCAAGAUUCAGUGAAGAUUUUAACUCCUCGAGCUAUCAAUGGAGCUGAGAACAUGAAGAUUAUUGUAAUGUUAUCUCAUCAUUUCUUUAUUGAGUUCAUUGAUGAAGGAAAAAUCAACAGCAAAUGA